AUGUCUUCUAUGCGAAAUGCCGUCCAUCGACGGCAACAUCGAGAACGAGGUCAACUGGAGGGUCGUGAGAAAUGGGGUAUUUUAGAAAAGCACAAGGACUACUCCCUCCGCGCCAAAGACUACAACCUCAAACAACAGAAACUCCAACGCCUCCGCGAAAAGGCCCGUGACCGAAACCCCGAUGAAUUUGCAUAUGGCAUGCUAUCAGAUAAAAAUGCGCAACAGGGCAAACAUGGCGCACGCGAGGGGACGUCGCUUAGUCAUGAUACAGUGAAACUGCUCAAGACGCAGGAUGCGGGCUAUUUAAGGACUAUCGGGGAAAGGAUUCGAAGAGAGAUGGAGAGGUUGGAGAAAGAAGUGCAGUUACAAGACGGGAUGGAGAAGGUUUUGGGUAGUGCUGGGAAUAAGAAACGUCAUUCUUCGGAUGAUGAGGAUGAAGAGGAUGACGAGGACGAAAUGUCUGGCAAUGGGAAUAAAAGACGCAAGCUUAUAUUUGCGGAUAGUCGGGAAGAUCAGAAAGAAUUAGGGCGGAAGUUUGAUGAAGAUGACAAUGAGGAUGAGGAGGAGGAAGACGAAGAAGACGACGCAUUCGGCACUCAACUUCACAACCUCCAAAGACAACCCACGAAAAAGGAAUUGGAAGCUCAAAGAAAAGCUGUUGCACACGCUCGUGCUGCCCGAAAAAUCAAACGCCGAGCAGCAGAAGGGCGACGCAACAAAUUGGCUGCACUCAGGAAGCAAUACGCCGAAAUCACGACCGCGGAGAGGGAACUCGAAUUGCAGCGAGCCAAGAUGUCGAAUUCUGUGGGCGGUGUUAAUAAAAAGGGCGUCAAGUUUAAGAUUCGGGAAAGGAAGAGGUGA